UCAACAUGUUCAACAGAAUCCUCCAUUUGGGAAAGAGUCAGACACAAUAUUCAACGGCAGCAAAUCUCAGAGUCGUUCUAUGUGAGGUCUUGUCACGCUAUACAUCACAGCCUGGUCUUGGCGAAGGGAAGAUGGCAGCCAGUAUCCACAGGACGUUCUGCUCUACCAACUUGUCUCUUUUAGAGUCAUUUACCCAAGAGUUCAGAAAUCAGCUCUCUCAGGUGCAACUCAACCCUGAAUACCAGGCAGUGUUUGUCAAAGAAAUGGUCUCAUUACUAUUGCUCAUUUCUCAAGUGCAGAAUGACACCUCUUUGUGGCAUCUUCUUUUGCUGGCCCCAGACGUGUUUCAGGACAGCAUGCAGCUGCAAGACAUAUUUGAUAAUCUUCAGAAUGCAAGCAGUGUUGUGUUGGCAGCUCCAAAUGUCUCGGAGUUGAUUGUGACUGAAGAUAGAUUCAGAAAAGCUCAAGACAGGAUUGCAGAUCCUCUGUUUCCCCUGAACUGCUUGGAGCAAGAUAAGGAAGGAAGUUCAAUGACCAGAGAGAUUUGUGACGUGUUUUUUAACCGGAAAUUCAACCAGACUUUAGAAUCUGAUUUCAAAUCCUUCAAGGAAGUUUUGAGAAAAUUCAAGUUACCAGAGAUUGGUGGAAGAGAUUCCAAGAGAUCCAUUAAUUCAGAUGAUUUAGAAGCCAUACAAAAGUCUCUGUAUCGUUUAAAAGGCUUAGAAGAAAAAAUGAAUAGAAGUGAAUUAGAAAGCUUAAACGUAUUCAGAAAUUUAAAGAAUGAAACAUUACAGAAACUGUAUGCAAUUCUUGAACUGGGAAUGAAUCCACAUGAUGAUUAUAAAUUAAAAGAAUCAUAUAAUAAGGAAAUAAUUGAUGAAAUCUAUAACUUCACAUCACUGCAAUUACUAAGCAACUUUAAUGGGACAUCCAUUUUCAAUAUAAUGGUACAAUGGAAAGAAAUUCAGAGUGCUUUAAAAUUAGCAGCUAUGAUUUGGAAUCCAGAUUUGUUAAAUAAUUCUAAUUUUAGUACAGAACAAACUAAGGAUGCUCUCCAAAUGUUCCUCUCCACUAACAUGCUACCAUUUCUGGAAGACUUAAGAGACCAUUUAAAUAAAAUACAAGAAAUAUCAUCUUUAUUUUCUGACCAUUUGCUUAAACCAGUGUCCUACAAAAACUUUCCAGACCAGCUCCAAGCUCUCCAGAAAAUGUUUUUCAUGAUGACAAAUACAAACAUAGGUUACCGGUACCUGCUGGCGCCUGUAUUUGAACUGAUGCGGAGAGUAGAAAGCUCCAUGGGUGAAGCCCGCUGGCAUGAGUUGAAUGUCUACUGGCGCAUGGGGGAAAAACUAAGGUCAAUGAGUUGGAAUAUCACAGGCAUCGUGGCUUACCAGCAAUUUUUAGAUGUAUUAAACAGCCAUUUGCAUAAACUGAAUAAUAAUUCAAAUGGCUUCUUCAGUGAAGAAACGGAUCGAUUGUCAGAAUUUGUAACAGCCGUGUUUAAAGAGUUUGAGGAAGGCUCUGAGACAGCCAAUAUCUCACUGGUCACUCAAGCCAUACAGAAGACCUUGUAUGUGUUAAAAGACUUACAGCUGCAUUAUAAUAUCAGCAAGUUAAAAUAUAUAGAUCUGUUCUUUAGUUUUGACAAUAAAAUCUUUGACAACUUGUCUGAACUACUGAGGUUAGGAAUUAAAAUCCUUCAUUAUACAGCUACAGGGGAUGCUUCCGGUGAAGGAAAAGUUGAACCUCUGUAUAGUUUAACACGUCUUCUCCUGCAAGAGUUCAAUGAGUUUAUCUUACAGCACAAUGCUUCAUUACAGGCAAAAAUAUGGGACUACUUACAUUCAGCCUUGAUACCAUUCUUUGAUAAUAACAGUGAUUAUAAGGCACUCCAAAACUGCUCUGCUCAAGACGUUCUCCAUAUAACGUUUCGGAUGCUGUUUGAAAAUGUCACUCUAAGCGAAUCCCUAGCCAGGAGCCCCUGCGAGACCCUCUUUGCUGCCAUGGACGUGGACAGUGGAGCAGUGGCCAAUGCAACCUUUACCGAAGCUUUGCAACUUGCCAUAACGAACCUGAGGCUGUCUCCGGAGUUUGAUGCUGUCUACAAGCACAACAGGGAGCGUUUUUCCAAGGAGCUGUCGUGCAUCAUCCAGUCCUUACAGUUUUCCCUGAGUUUCCUCUCGAGAUUAGACCUUGUCUCUGAGCAGCAUUCCUCUUGGAUACAGCAGAAGAUCAAGGCUCUGGCUGCUGUUACGGAGGGGCUGCUGUUGAGUAACGCGUCCUGCCCUGUCCCUGUGCUGCAGGAUGUGGGUGGUGUGCUCCCAUCACAGCUUUUGAACGUCCUCAUUCCUUUCAUGCUAAACGAAACGGGCUUCAAUUCCCUCAAUUUCUCAGGCAGCCCCACAGACUGGCAUAAGCUGCCUCUGUUUUCCCAUCUGUUACCGAGUUUUUCCAUUUGGAAUAGUAGUGUAUAUGAACUGCUGCAGAUGCCCGGAAACGCUUCCGACCCGUCUGAAUGGAGACAUUUCUCGCAGCUGUGGAACGCCACUGGCAAUGUGUUGACCACCAAAUGGAACUUAACAGAAGUGGAUGAAUAUGUGAAACUCCUGGAAGUUAUGAAAAAAGCUCUAAUUCUUGUCGACAUUGGGGUAGAUCCCAGAAAAACAGAAGUAUUUCAAAUUCUUCGUAAUACCAGCGGAGUAAUGAACUCGUCCAAUCUGAAGGAUUUGAAUAGUUCCCUAAAACUUCUUCUCAAUUCAACUUUUGCUGCAAACAGCACGGUGGACUUGGAAAGAAUAUUUCAAGAAAUUGCCUCACUGUAUGAGAUUGCUGGUGAAAGACUGUUCUAUCCUAACCCCUAUGGGAAAGAAAAUCAGGAUGUUCUAACUAUGGCUGUAACAAUUUGGAAUCAGAUCAUUUUAAAUAGGACUCAUUUUAAUACAGAGAAAGCAUGGGAGAUUAUUAAAAUGAUAGCACUUCAUGCAGUCCCCCUUGAAGACAUAGAGGUGUCAUCCUUAUUUUCCGAUUUCUUGCUGGCCCCCGUAACUUCUGAGAACUUUGCAGAACAGCUCUCGGCCCUUGAGGAGCUUCUUGCUGCCGUGGCAAAGGUGAACACCAGCAGUCACUAUCUGCUGAUCUCUUCUUUGUCUAAACUAAUGCAGAGACUCCAGAGCUCUUCUCACGGAAGCCAGGGAAGUGAACUUCAUCAUUUUGGGCAGAUUACUGCAAUUCUGCAGUCCAUGAAGGGGAAUAGCAUAGACAGUCUUACUUCCCAGUCACUUCUAAGCCUACUGCAAAAUCAGUUUAAAACCAUGAAAAAUGAUUCCAGUCUUCCUUUCAGUAGAGAAAUGAAGCAGCUGAUAAGCAUUCUAUCUGACAUAUUUGAGGUAUAUGCUGAAGAGGAUUCCAGAGGCUCCAACAUCUCCAUAUAUUCACAGGCCAUACAAAAGAGUAUAUUCUUUUUGAAAGAAUUGCAGAAUAGUUAUAAUAUCAGUGAUCUUGAAAAUAUCAAUAUAUUAUUUGAUUUUUAUAGUAAAUAUGCCCAGAGGAUGUUUGAAAUAUGGAGAAUAGGAAUGAAAAUUCUUCAUGAUACCAACAUAAACAAAACAUUGGAAGAAAAAAUGAGCCUUAUCUAUCGUUCUUCUAAUUGGCUCCUGCAGAAGGAGUUUGGUGAGUCUUCCUUACAGCCUGGUACUUCAUUGGAAUCAAAAGUGGUGGAUCUCUUGUUUUUAGCUUUGAGUCCUUUCCUCAGGGAUAGUGACAGUAAUUAUGAGAUGCUCCAAAACUGCUCUGCUCAAGACGUUCUCCACAUAACACUUCGGAUGCUGUUUGAAAAUGCCACUCUGAGUGAGUGCGUAGCCCUGCGAGGCCCCUGCGAGGCCCUCUUUGCUGCCAUGGACGUGGACAGUGGAGCAGUGGCCAAUGCAACCUUUACCGAAGCUUUGCAACUUGCCAUAACAAACCUGAGGCUGUCUCCGGAGUUUGAUGCUGUCUACAAGCACAACAGGGAGCGUUUUUCCAAGGAGCUGUCGUGCAUCAUCCAGUCCUUACAGUUUUCCCUGAGUUUCCUCUCGAGAUUAGACCUUGUCUCUGAGCAACAUUCCUCUUGGAUACAGCAGAAGAUCAAGGCUCUGGCUGCUGUUACGGAGGGGCUGCAGUUGAGUAACGUGUCCUGCCCUGUCCCUGUGCUGCAGGAUGUGGGUGGUGUGCUCCCAUCACAGCUUUUGAACGUCCUCAUUCCUUUCAUGCUAAACGAAACGGGCUUCAAUUCCCUCAAUUUCUCAGGCAGCCCCACAGACUGGGGUAACUUCUCUGCACUCCUCAGAAUGGCUCAGAAUGAAAUGCAGAGGCUCCAGGUCACCUUCAGUCUCACUGACUGGAGUUACUCCUCACGCAUUUGGGAGGUGGUUGACAGUGUGCUAAACACCAAAUGGAAUCUAACAGAAGUGGCUGCCUACAUGAAGUUGUUGGAAGCACUGAUGCACAAUCCUGCCAACAAUGCAUCAGCUCUAGAAAUCAUAGAAGCCGGUCGCUCCAUUCUCAAGAGGCUGCACUCCUCUGAGCUGCUAACUAAAUUGAAUAUAGGCUCCAGCUCAGCUUCACUCUCCAACAAAACUGGUUUCGACAGUGUGAUCAGCAUUGUUGCCAAUCAUUUCAUUGCUAGAGCAGAAACCCUGUUCAACAAAACCCUACCUUGGACUCAGAGUGACCAAAUCCUAUCUCCAGCCAAUCUGAUCACACGAUUUCUGUUUUUAGAAUUUGAAAACACCAUCUUACAGAUGACAGUGAAUAGCAGCUACAAUCCUUACCUGAUGUGUUUAAUAAAUGCCACUGAAACUGAAGACAGCAAUUUGACAGAAAGCAUCACACUGCUUUUAAAGAAAACUCAUCUGAAAAAUGACCCUUUCAUGCAAAAUAAUACUUCUGAGAAACAUUCAUCCAUACCAGAGCUCCUGAAGCUAAAAAUAUCUCGCCUCCGGGAUCUGACAAGACUUCUUUGUGACUACGAGAGUUUUGAGUCAAUUCAGCGUAUUUGCCAUCUCCCUAAUGUUAGCUUUGGAGACCUGUGUGAGCAGAGUGAAUCUCAUGAGCAGCUCCUCCGCACUAUUGAACUAAGCAAUCAGUUUGUGGCCAAUGUACUGAAUCACAGAAGAGUCUCUCAAGAACUUCAAGAUAUUCUAAUUGGGGAUGCCACAAACAUCCAGUCACAAGUGAAGUGGUUUCAAGAAAAUGUACCAGAAAUUGCUUUCUUCCAAGAGAUUCCUCAGUAUAUGACUACUUUGGAUUCCAUGUUGAACAUCACUGAGAAUUUAAGAGAUACUAGUGAGCAAGAAAAGCUGAGAGAGAUGUUUAAAAAUGUGGAGCAGCUCAAAGAGGAUCUCAGAAAUACAACAGGAAUGUCCGUAGCCGGCAUUGAUGCUCUCCUGGAAGCAUCUCUUCCAGAAAACAUAACUCAGCUGAUUUCUCAGAUCUUCCAGCUAGAGUCUUGUACUGUCCAUCCUGCUGACACACAGCUGCAAAGAGUAGCAGAGGAGUUCUGCAAUCUCUCCCUUUCAGAGCGGAGUCGUAAGACAUACAUCCUGGGAGUCACUCUCUUACGACAUUUAGACAUUUACAAUUUCCUGUACAAGAUGUUUUUCCCGAAGGAACUCCAAAAACCUGUGGACAAGAUGUUAGGCCUUCUGACACAAAUGAAGUAUUUCAGGCACCAGGUUGAAUCUGGCAUGCAUCCACUGCUACAAGCUAUUCAUUCACUCAACAAGCUCCGACAGUCUAGAAAUGUGCCUUUGUCUAAGGCCAUAUCAAAAUCAAACAACUUUAAGGUAACACAUGGAACAUUUAAAUCUAUGUCAAAAGUUCUCUGCAACCAGGAGAUUGCACCCUUGUUUUUUGAGUCUCUGCUUCCUGAUUUCGGAGACCCUGUAGGCAACAGCUCAUCCAUUGAGGAUGUCUAUGUCCAAAAACUGAUAAGGAAAUAUGGAAUUCCUCAUGAUUCCACACCAUUCUGUUUAUCCUUUUACCUGGACUUGGUCAAGACCCCAACUGGUGCUUUAAUUUGGUCUUUCCUAAAACCAAUGGUUCUUGGGAAGAUCCUUUAUACACCAGAUACUCCAGGAACUCGAGCAAUCAUGGAGAAGUCUAAUACAACACUGACGCAGAUGGCUGACCUGUCACUGAAGUCCCAGGAAUGGCUGGACAAGUCUCCUGUCAUCAUGAAUUCACUGACAAAGUUAAACCAAACAAUUCCGAUUAUCAAGAAUGCCCUGCAGAAUCCGUUUGUGCAGGUUUUUAUCAAGCUCAUGGUGGACUUGGAUGCAGUUGAACUGCUGGAUCAAAUAAAUGAGCUGGAUAAUAUUCGAUUGGAAUUACAGAACAACGCCGACAUUGUCCAUCAGUUGAAUACGUUAGCUACGCUUGCUGUGAAUGUGUCCUCAUGUGUCUCAUUUAAUCGCAUUCAAGCAGCCAAAAGCUUGGAGGAAAUGGAAAUGAUGGCCAAAGAGCUCUUUUUGAAGAAUGAACUUUUUGCAAGUAUCAUUUUCAAGCUGCCUUCAAGUCAUAGUGACCCUCAGCAUGUUCUCCCUCCGGUGCUCAAUUACACCAUCCGAAUGAGCAGCAGGAUUACCCAAACCACCAACAGAAUAAGGGAGCGGAUCUGGACAGUGGGUCCGCACAAUUCAACCUCGCAGAGCCAGAUUUACAGCCGGGCCUUUAUCUAUAUCCAGGACAGCAUUGAAAGAUCCAUUAUUGAAUUACAGACUGGGAAGAGGCUGGAGGAUGUAGCUGUUCAAGUCCAGGCCAUGCCUUACCCCUGCUAUAAUAAGGAUAUGUUCUUAACCAGCGUGACCUACUCUCUUCCAUUUGCUCUGAUGGCUGCCUGGGUGCUGUUUAUAGCUGAUUUUGUUAAAACACUUGUUCAAGAGAAAGAUCUGAGGCUUUAUGAGUACAUGAAGAUGAUGGGCGUUAAUGCCAGCAGCCAUUUCAUCGCCUGGUUCAUAGAGUGUGCCAUCUUCCUUUUAAUCACUGUCACCUUCCUCGUCAUCGUUCUGAAAGCAGGUGACAUCCUUCCAAAAACAAACACAGCCCUCCUGUUCCUGUACCUUAUGGACUACAGCCUCUCCAUCAUCGCCAUGAGCUACUUCAUUAGUGUUUUCUUCAACAACACCAACAUAGCAGCCUUGGUGGGCAGUCUUGUGUACAUCCUCACCUUCUUCCCCUUCAUAGUGUUGCUUGUCAUUGAGAAUCACUUGAGCUUCUCUGUGAAGAGCCUACUGAGCCUGUUGUCUCCAACAGCAUUCAGUUAUGCAAGUCAAUACAUUGCUCGAUAUGAGGCCCAGGGCAUAGGUCUGCAGUGGGACAACAUGUAUAAAUCUCCAAUGAUUGGAGACAACACUUCCUUUGGCUGGAUGUGCUGGCUUAUCCUGAUAGAUUCUCUCAUUUACUUCAUUCUGGGAUGGUAUAUAAGGAAUGUUUUCCCAGGAAGAUACGGUAUGGCUGCUCCCUGGUAUUUUCCAUUGCUUCCGUCUUACUGGAUUGAGUACAAUGGUUAUAUCCCCUUCUGGAAUGAGAAACGAAGAGCCUUUCUCUUCACCAAACUGCUGUUAAGGAAAGAAGCCACCAUCAGCAAUAAGAUAUGUGCACCCCCUCCUCACCUCGAACCGGAGCCCACUGACCUCACCUUAGGAGUCUCCCUCAAUGGCAUAACCAAGAUCUAUGGAUCCAAAGCUGCUGUGGAGAACCUCAGCCUAAACUUCUAUGAAGGGAACAUCACUUCCCUGCUGGGACACAAUGGAGCAGGGAAGACUACGACCAUAUCUAUUUUGACCGGGCUGUUCCCUACAUCAUCGGGUACUAUUGUUGUCUAUGGCAAGGACAUCCAGACUGACCAGGAGGUUAUCAGGAAGAACAUGGGGGUGUGUAUGCAACACAACGUGCUGUUCAACUACCUCACCACAAAGGAGCACUUGCUGCUCUAUGGGUACAUCAAAGUUCCUCAUUGGAGUAAAGAGGAGCUCUACCACGAAGUGAACAGGACGUUGAAGGAGACUGGACUGUAUGGCCAUCGUCAUAAACUAACUGGCUCCCUGUCUGGGGGGAUGAAGAGGAAGUUGUCAAUAGCUAUUGCUCUCCUGGGCGGAUCAAGAGUGGUGAUACUGGAUGAACCAACCACAGGGGUGGAUCCAUGCUCUCGGAGGAGUAUUUGGGAAAUCAUCUCCAAGAAUAAAAAAGGCAGAACCAUUAUUCUCUCAACGCAUCACUUGGAUGAAGCAGAAGUGCUGAGUGACCGAAUUGCCUUCCUAGAGCAUGGAGGGCUCAAAUGCUGUGGGUCACCGUUCUAUCUCAAGGAAACCUUUGGUGAUGGGUACCACCUGACUCUCACCAAAAAGAAGAACAUGAUAGAGGAGUGUGAUACAGCAGCAGUGACUUCCCUGAUCCAGUCACACCUCCCUGAGGCUUAUCUCAAGGAGGAUAUUGGUGGAGAACUUGUGUAUGUGCUUCCACCUUUCAAGUCGACAGUCUCUGGGGCCUACCAGGCACUUCUCAGAGCUCUUGAUACCAGUCUGAAUGAUCUUCACCUUGGUUGCUAUGGGAUUUCAAACACAACUGUGGAAGAGGUGUUUCUCAAUCUGACAAAAGAGCUAGGAAACGGCCAGCAAGAAGAUACUGAAUUGCCCCAACAGCUGCCUGGAUCCAGUGGCCAAAUGGGCAGUGAUGCGAUGUCUGUGAGCACAGAUACCUUCACGGAAAGAGAUGAUCAGCUCCUGAUCAGAUCCAAAAGCCUGAAGGGUUUGCCCUUGCUGCUCAAGAAGACCUCAGCUCUGUUCAUUAAGAGGUUCCACCACACCCGCCGGGAUGUCAGAGGCUUCAUUGCUCAGGUCAUCCUCCCAGUCCUCUUUGUGACAGCUGCCAUGGGGCUUGGGACGCUGAGAACUAAAGAGACUGAAUAUCCAGAACUGAUUCUUUCCCCUUCCUUGUAUGGCACAGCUGACCAGGCAGAUUUCUUUGGGAAUUUUAAUGAAACCACAGAUGCUUUAGUUGCUUCAAUGCUUUCUUUCCCUGGAACAGAUAACACAUGCAUGAAUGAAAGCGACUCGCAGUGUUUAACGGAGGACAUGCUUGGCCAGUGGAUUACCAACGGAGAUGAGAGCGGCAAGUAUUCUGCCUGCAACUGUACAGAUGGCAUCCAGACUUGCCCACCAAUGAACUAUUCUGCCCCUCACCGAAGAACCUUCUCCACACGGAUGCUUUAUAACCUCACAGGGCACAAUGUGGAGACCUACAUCCUGGCAACUACCAAAGAUUUCCUGCAAAAACGAUAUGGUGGCUGGAGCUUCGGGCUGCCUCUGACUCCAGAUCUCCAGUUUGAUAUCAGGCCUGUGCCCCCCAACAGGACAUUGACUAAGGUAUGGUACAACCCAGAAGGCUAUCACAGCCUUCCAGCCUACUUGAACAGCUUGAACAACUUCCUUCUUCGAGCUAACCUGCCAAAAAAUGAGACUUCCAGAUAUGGUAUUUUCUUAUCAGCUCAUCCAUAUCCUGGAGGACAGAGUCAAGAACAAGUAAUGCUGAACAGCUUGCUUGAUAUCAUCGUUUCAAUGUCUGUUCUGGUCGGCUACUCUAUCACAACAGCCAGUUUUGUGCUAUAUGUGGUGAAAGAGCAUCAAACCAAGGCCAAACAACUGCAGCAUAUUUCAGGCAUCGGAAUGACAAGUUAUUGGCUCACUAACUUCGUUUACGAUCUGGUACUCUUUAUGGUCCCUAUUGGACUCUCAAUAGGAGUUAUUUCAGCCUUUCAGAUACCAGCUUUCUGCAACAAUAAUAACUUACUGGCUGUAUUUCUUCUGCUGUUACUGUUUGGAUACGCAACAUUUUCAUGGAUGUACCUGCUGGCUGGGUUCUUCAAAGAAACAGGAAUGGCCUUCAUCGUUUAUGUCUGUGUCAACUUGUUUUUUGGCAUCAAUACCAUCAUUACCCACUCAGUUGUGUUCCUGCUCUCCCAAGAAAAGGCCACAGACCAGGGCUUGCGUGACCUCGCAGAAAACUUGAGGCACGCAUUCCUUCUGUUCCCACAAUUUUGCUUUGGCUAUGGCUUGAUUGAGCUGUCACAGGAUCAGGCCCUGCUGGGCUUCUUGAAAGCCUAUGGAGUAGACUACCCCGACAAAACCUUUGAGCUGGACAAGACCACAUCCAAGCUUCUCGCCAUGUUUAUCCAGGGCACUUUGUUCUUUGCUAUCCGUCUCAUCGUUCAUGAUGGGAUGAUGCAGAAAGUCUGGAGCAACGUAUUAGAAUUCCUGUUUGACAGUGUGCACGGCAAGGCGUCGCUUUUGCCACCCAUGGCUGAAGAAGAUGAGGAUGUCCGGGGAGAGAGGCUCCGAGUGGAGUCUGGCAAAGCUGAUUUUGAUGUGGUACAGCUCCAGAAUCUCACAAAGAUCUACCACCUCCCUCACAAACGCAUUGUGGCUGUGAAAAACAUCAGUCUGGGAAUUCCUGCUGGAGAGUGCUUUGGCCUGCUUGGUGUGAAUGGUGCUGGAAAAACAACCAUCUUCAAGAUGCUGACAGGUGACAUUGGAGCUUCCAGCGGAAGGUUGCGGGUCCAGGACAAUUCUGGGUCCUUGAACGACAUUGGUGAGGCACACUGGUCUCUCUUUGGCUACUGUCCCCAAGAAGAUGCCUUGGAUGAGCUGCUGACAGUGGAAGAGCACAUGUAUUACUAUGCUAGGCUUCAUGGCAUUCCCGAGAGAGACAUCAAAGGAAUUGUACUCCAGCUUCUCCACAGGCUCAAUCUGAUGGCCUACAAAGACAGAGUCACCUCUAUGUGCAGUUAUGGCACCAACAGAAAACUCUCAACUGCUCUGGCUCUCAUCGGGAAUCCAUCAAUUCUGUUGCUGGAUGAACCAAGUUCUGGAAUGGAUCCAAAUGCAAAGCGCCACCUCUGGAAAAUCAUCAGUGAGGAAGUGCAGAACAAAUGCUCAGUCAUACUCACAUCCCACAGCAUGGAGGAAUGUGAAGCCCUCUGUACCAGGCUGGCUAUUAUGGUGAAUGGAAGUUUUCAGUGCAUUGGCUCCCUGCAGCAUAUCAAGAGCAGGUUUGGAAGAGGAUUCACUGUGAAGAUGCACUUAAAUAGCAACACAGUUAGCACAGAGAUGCUGACACAAUUUAUGAAGUCACACUUCCCAAAUACAUGCCUGAAGGAUCGGCAUUUCAACAUGGUGGAGUAUCAUGUACCAGUCUCUGCAGGAGGGGUAGCAAACAUAUUUGAUCUUCUGGAAAGCAACAAAGCAGCUUUCAAAAUUAGGCACUUCUCAGUGAGUCAAACAACAUUAGAGGAGGUUUUCAUCAACUUCGCUAAAGAUCAAGCAGAUCCUGACAGUGCGGAUGCCAGUCCUGAUGUGACAUCAAGCAUGACCUGCUGUGAAACAAGCAGCCAAAGCAGCACCAUAAGCUCCAUCUACUGAAGGGACCCCACCACAGGGUAUCAAAGGCUGGCAAUAGACCUGAGGACUCCAGGGAUUUCUUCCUGCCCUGUUUUGAAUUAUUUUAGGAUAGUGGGAAUAAAAAAGCCGCGUUUUCCUAAAGUACUUUUUAUUUUGUUUUCAUAUGCACAUGUUUUGUUACUAGGACCAUGGUAGAUGGUUAAAUCUGGCAUACUUAUUUACAAAUCAGAUUGGUCUUUCCACAGGUUCUUUUUCCCCCCUGCCUUUUCCUCCCAGUUCUUGUUUUCCGAUUGCUUUUCUGCCUGUGAGGACUUGGCUGACAUGACCUGCUCUGGCUGCUAGUGGGAUGGCCGUGAGGGAGCAGAGCUGCUGUCGGCGGUGCAGGGCCCUUGGCACGGGCCGUCCCACCGCAGCCCUCUCUGGAAACCCACGCUCUGCUCCGGGCUCAGACAGCCUUGCUGCUCCCCAUGGGGAAGUCGCUCAUUUUGGACAGUUCCCCGCCAGUAAAACGGGGUUCCUGGCGCUGCCCUACCUCGCAGGGGUGUUGUGAGGAUGUAGGUGUUACGUGCUGUGAGCUGCAUAUGCUACAUAAAGCUUAGCUGUACAUGUGGGUUAUGU